GAACUGGGCCUCCUGCAGCUACAGGAAGGUGCAUCCGGAAGAAGCAUGAGGUCUCCACUCUGCUGCUUGACUAUUCUGUCUUUCCAUACUUACAUCUCCCUAAUACUUGGGACAGGAGAGGUGAACCUUGUGGAAGCGGAGAACCUCCUGGCACCUUUCCUGAAGCAGUUUCCAAAUGGCUCACUCAUGCUGUUCUAUCACGCCCGAAUAGAGCUGCUGAAAGGGAACGUAGAAGAGGUAAUUUCUUUGGGAGGAAUUACUUGGGAAGUUAUCUGUGUGGUGGAGUUGCAUCACAUUCUCAUUCAACAUAAGUCAGUUUAG